GCAUGUGAAUAAAUGGUCUUUCUUAGGCUCUGUCAGUGCAGUUUACAGGUUGUUUGAUGUUUGGAGGUCUCGACGUUCUGAAAAUGGCUAUAAUUAAACUAUUAUCUUUUGUGGCAUGUGUCUGGGUUGUCUCUACUACUGGACAUGAAUUCUUUUCAUCAAUGGAUCAAGUCAUGCAGCUUGUGGAGGAAAAGAGAAACCUUCUGGAGCAAUUCAAUUCAUUUAUCAAUGCUGAAGAAGAGAAUUUACAGAGACUCAGGAGCGGUCUGGAGAUUCUAAGACAGCUCUCAUACUUCAAAGACCCAGAGAACCCCACGACUGACCCUGUAGCAGCUUACAAACUUAUCAGACAACUAAGAAUUUUAUGGUUGACUAUAAUAAUAACUACUGAAAAGAGUCCUUAUAUAGACUUCCAAGAACUGUUGUUCUCAGAUGUCCUGAAGAUCCCCUCAGAAGAAGAUGUGGAGAGUGGAGCCUUGGCACUUAUUAAACUGCAAGAAACCUAUAAACUCUACCCUGUAAACCUUACAAAGGAAACACCUUUAAAUGAGGACGAAGCUUACUAUUUGGGGUUAAAUGCUUAUGUCCAGGACAAAUUCCAGCAUGCUUUUCACUGGUUUCUGUACACUUUGAUAAUAUUCAAUGAGACAGAAUCCUUCAAUUCAAUACGAGCUUUUACCAAAGAACGUUUGCUAGAGCACCUGGGCUCUUCGGCGUACCAUUUUGGAAGUCUACCUGUGGCAAUCUACUUCUACCAGCAGCUUCUAAAACGGGAUCCAACUAAUGAGGAUGUUAAAUAUAUGCUGAAGUUGUGCAGAAACCUUCGCUUUUAUAGAACUUCAAACCCUGAUAUAUUCACACUGAAUACGGAGUCAACUAACUCCUAUGAGGCAUUGUGCAGGGGAGAGGUUAAACAGAGGACCUCAAGGAGACAGAGGACACUGUCUUGUAGGUACAGCACAGGUGGAGGAAACCCCAGACUGAUUCUGGCACCUCUGAAAGAGGAGAUCGAGUGGGAUGAGCCGCGAAUCGUCAGAUAUCAUGACAUAAUAUCAGACAAAGAGAUCGAGAUCUUGAAAAAUAUCUCUAGACCUCUGCUUAGUAGGUCAAGGGUUGGUUCAGGUUCAGGCACGGUCUCAAAUAUUCGUCUUUCUCAAGGUGUUUUUCUGGAAGAAGAUGACGUAGUGGUUGUUCAUGUCAAUCAGAGGAUUGCAGACGCUACAGGACUGUCUAUGGAAACAGCUGAACUUCUACAUGUUCAGAAUUAUGGGAUUGGUGGCAGAUAUGAAACACACUAUGACGCAGGGGACCAGCAAAAUGAAAGGAUUUCUACAUUCCUCAUUUAUAUGAGUGAUGUGGAGAUAGGAGGCGCCACUGUAUUUCCUAAAGUUGGAGUUGCACUGCAACCUAAAAAGGGUUCAGCUGUGUUUUGGUACAACCUGCACAAGAAUGGUGAUCUAGAUUUGAGAACAAUGCAUGCUGGAUGUCCUGUCUUAAUGGGCAAUAAAUGGGUGGCUAACAAAUGGAUCCACGAGUUUGGGCAGGAGUUCAUUAGACCCUGUUCUUUGUCAGAGUGGGAGUAAUUUCAUUGCAAAACCUGUAACCAUGCACAUACAACGAAAUCUUUGGAGUUUUUUUUUCUGUAUCUGCAGUAUAUUAGCAUAUUUAUUUCAACACAGUUUUUGCAUACUUAUACUGUACAGGAUCUCUGUUAUAGAAAGAGAAAGACAGACAUAUAUAUGAGUUGGUACAAUUUGUUCUAUCACUUAUAAUCUUUUCAUUUAAAUCAUGUAAAUGUAAUGAUAAUCUAACAGACUCAGUCAUCCAAGGUCCUCAACUUGAAUUAGAAAUUUAUAUAUGAUGUAAUAUAAAACAACUGUUACCUGUAAAAAAUGUGAAGUUUUUUAUGUGUUUAUAGACAGCUAUUUUCCUUUGUCUUGCAGAUAAAAUGCUUUUCAGAUGUAUUUAUUAGUUAAUUUCCAUAUCAACCUUCCAACACUCUUAUUCCCUCAAGACAUACAUGCAGUUUUAUUAAUUCUAUGUCUACAAACAUUGUAAUUAAAUAUUAUUUUCCUCGAACUAGUUUGCUUUUAGUUUCUUCAUUCAAUGAGACUCCCAUGUGAUAUGUGGUUGCUGAUCUACAAGUGAUUUUUCAUUCUAGUUAGACAUGCUGCCUAUACUGACCACUAUAGAAAUUAGAAAGCAUCUGGGUUGUUUCACACUUCAGACAUGUGAGGUACAAAUGUAAAAAUGAAAUGAAAAUGCAGAACAAAGCAGUUCUUACAGACUUUUGGGGAAACCCUAUUUUACAUUACAGCUAUUUUUAGAUUACAUGACAAUCACAAACAAUCAUUAUAUACAAAAUUACGUAGGCAUCAAAAUUUCAUUUUGUGAUUUUGGUUGCAUAUUGUGCAGAAGCGUGGUGCCUUUGCUUAGGCUGUGGAAAAAAUUUGAAUUUCUGUUAAGCUCUGUUAACUUCAUAUAUAUAUAUUGGAAAAGAUC